AUGGAUCUUACAAAAGGUGAUAUUGUUUCAGCUUUCUGUGAAGAAUUGCAAACAUAUUUGAAAGGAGAAGUAGUAACAUCACGACAAACAGCAAAAGGUCAGCAAGUUUACGUUCAUUUUUUCAAGCAGGAUAAAAGAUUAGAUAAAUGGUAUGACAUUGAUCAACUUGAAAAGACAGAUCUCGAUAGUGAAGAACUAAAAGAAUCGAAACUUAACAGUUAUUCUCAGUUUGGAGCAGCAUAUGAAGAUUUCGAAAAAUUACAUGACCAAGUAACAAAAAUACGCAAUAUAGAUCUAGUUACAAUUGGAAAAUAUACAAUAAAGACAUGGUAUUACUCUCCAUAUCCUGACGAAUUCAAUCAAUUAGAUCAUAUUUUUGUUUGCGAUAAAUGUUUUCGAUAUUUUAAGACACAGGAAGAACUUGACUCCCAUAUGCAAGGAGAACGCCCAUAUCCACCAGGAAAAGAAAUUUACAGAAACGAAAAUAUUUCAAUUUUCGAACUGAAAGGAAAUUCUCAAAAACUUUCUUGCCAAUGCCUCUGCUUACUAUCUAAACUCUUCCUCGACCAUAAAACGCUUUAUUACGAUGUAGAAGGCUUUAAUUUAUACGUAUUGUGCGAACUUGGCGACGACGACCAAGUUCACAUAGCAGGCUAUUUCUCCAAAGAACUGGAUAGCUCAGAUAACAAUAUUUUAGCUUGCAUUACAAUUUUACCUCCAUAUCAGAAAAAAGGCUACGGAUUCUUACUUAUAUCCCUUGCCUACGAAAUAGCAAGACGCGAAGGUAAAGUUGGUGGUCCUGAGAGGCCUUUGUCAGAUCUCGGCAAAAUUGCCUUUUCUUCUUACUGGAGAGAGGUAAUUAUAUCGACAUUGAAGGACAAACUCACAGAGAUCAAGUAUAUCAGCGAUAUUGUCAAACUUACUUAUAUAGAUGAAGAUGAUGUUGUUGAUACACUAAAACCAUUGAAUUUAGUUGAAUCUUACAGAGGUGAAUACGAACUUCUUGAGUCAAAGGAUGAUAUCCUCAAUAUUAUCGACAAAAUACCAACAAAAAGAAUGAUUUACGCUGUUGAUGCAAAGAAAUUGAUUUGGUUGCCAAGCGAACUCAUUCAUCCAAACAGCCAAUAG